GCAACUGCCUAUAUAUACUCUCUUUUUACUUACCAAAUUGGAUUCUUUGUCUUCCCUAGACCUUUCUUCACUUUGGGUUGUUUUAGUUUUUCAUUUUCAUUUUUCUGCUUCAUCAAUGGCUGCUUCUUCUAGUAGGGAAGCUAUGAACAAGCAACUUCUUGACUUUAUCCAUUCAAUGGAACAAGAAGGUUUGGUCGACUACCGUUUCGCUAAGGUUCAUAUGUUGAAGGAAUCAAGUGGUCCUUUCUUCUUUGCUUCAUUGCUCCCCACAUUCUGCCGUGACUCGACAGCAACCUUAAGAGACUUGACUGUUGCUUUGGGUCAACCUCUGCUGAAUUAUCACGAUCUGGGUGAAUUGUGCUUUAAGAUAAGAGGGGGUGCGGCGUGCCUUGGAGUUUGUCGUAUGGCUCAUGCCUCUGGUCAACUUCAUCAAGCUGUUCAGAACAGAGCAACUAAAGAAAGGAGAGAAAUUUUUGGUUUCCGAUGAUCAAUUUCUUCCCAUACUAUAGAAGGAAGGACCCUUUUGAUCUAACUCGUUUUUCUUUUCUAUCGCUAUCGGAUUGGCUGGCAAACCUUUGAACACAAAAAAGAUCCCUUUGAUCACAAAAGGACAUCUUUAUUAUUAGACUUACUGUUGUAUAAUGGAAAAUAUUUGUCGGAGGCUCUUAAAAGUAAAUGGUAGUUGCAUUUUUCUAGUUAGAUGUUUGUAAUAUAUUGCAUUUAGUAAUCCUCUUCAGCCGGUGCUGAAUUAGAUGAAGGAAUCUA